AUGGAGAGUCCGGACCCCGGUAUCGUGGACUACUGUGGGACGAGUGACACACUGAAAUGUUUUUACUGUGAAAACAAUGGCAACCGAUCUUGUGGAAUGUGGUCCGAUUCAUUAAACGUUCAAGAUUAUCAAGACUUGAUUGACAGGGGGUGGAGAAGACAAGGAAAGUACCUUCAUAAGCCAACAAUGAACCAGACGUGCUGCCCACAGUACACCAUCAGAAUGGAGGCAUUGAACUUCAAGUUGAGCAAAUCACACAAAAAAGUACUGAAGCAGGUGAACAAGUUCCUUAUACAAGGUAUCAGGAAAGGGGAGACUGUCAAAUCCUCUAGGGGGAAACCUGAUCGGGAAGUACGCGGAACAAGAGGCACUAUCAAAGACAGCAGGUCUGAGUCUACGCCUGAUCCAGCAUCAAAACUUCAUCCCAGACCAGGGCAAGGAGCUGACCCCACCAAGCCUGCUAUGAGGAAGGCGAAAGACAUUCGUUUAGAGAGGAAGAAAUUACGAGAACUGCGAAAACUACGGAGUAUGGCAGAGGAUGAAUCUACGUCUUCAAAGGGGUCGACGGGGAGCCUCGAGCGCGAGAGAAGUACCAUGAGUACGACCAGUAAUUGUAGUACGAAGACGUUUGCAGAGUUCAUUAGUGAGCCUGACAAAGCAGAGAAAUGUGCUCACAAGUUGGAGGUUCGCCUCAUUAUACCGUCACUUCAAGAUGAGGAGUUCAGGAAAAGUGAGAGAGAGUCUGCAGAGGUGUUCAAGCAGUACCGGAUGGGUAUCCAUAAAGACCAGCCACACGAGUGCGACAGAGACCAUUGGCUCAAAUUACUAGUCCAUUCACCACUCAAGACCGUGACUAAAAAUGGUGGGCCACCAAUGGGGUAUGGAUCCCUCCACCAACAUUAUAUUUUAGAUGGUAGAAUCAUUGCUGUAGGCGUCCUGGACAUCCUUCCUCAAAGUCUGUCGGCCGUGUACCUGUACUACCUCCCAGAGUAUAGGUUUUUGUCGAUAGGAACCUAUACUGCCCUCAGGGAAAUUGCCUUCAUACAAGAGCUCAACAAGAAAGCCCCCGACUUUAUGUACUACUACUUGGGAUACUAUGUACAUUCCUGUCCAAAACUUACGUAUAAGAGUAGAUAUUCCCCGUCAUUCCUGUUAUGUCCGGAGACGUACACCUGGAUACCUAUAGCCGACUGUCUACCUAAAUUAAUCGUCAGUGAAUAUUCCAGAUUAGCAGACGAGGAAGUCGAGGAUAGUGACGUAUUACAGGAGAUAGGCAGUAUUCCUGUACUGUUCUGUGGACAAACUAUGACCUACGGAUUCUACAAAACUUUGAAUGCAAAAGCGCUGAGCGAUAUCGACGUCAAGAGAUAUGCUCUUUUAGUGGGAAGGAAAUGUGCAAUGAGGCUGUUGUUACUUACAAAAAUUCAUAGAUAUCGACGCAUUUAAAAGCAUUUAAAACAAUGACACAUUAUAUAUUCCAGGUAUCCAAGAUAUAUAUAUAGAGAUUGGUGAUAUUUAAAUGGACCUUUGUUUCAUAAUCAAUAUCAACAUCAAUAUGUCAACAAUAGGCAUCAUUAUCAUCAUUAUCAUCAUCAGAGGCAGCAGCAGCAAUCUUCGAGUAUAGUUCUGAUGAACAGUAAUUACGGGUGGUGCUAAGGGCGAGUUGCGCUGUUAAAGGAUCGUACUACUCAUAAAAAAUCAGAUGCCAUGCAUGUAUCUAUUGAUUAUGUUCUUAUUAGGAACUUUUGAUCAUAGUUUAGUAUCAUAUCAUAUUUCUUUAUACCUGUACCGAAAUACAAAGCUUUCAAAUCCUGCUUAGGAAACUGAAGACGUCCUGAAAAUCAUGUAUAUUUAAACAUGCAUAUUUGCGCCUUUACCAGCUUAGUUCAAUAAUCUUCAAUGUUAUUUAUACGAUGCCUGAAACAUUACUUAUUUGUGUAUACAUUCACUACAAAUAAUAUCAUAUGUGUUUGUAAGCGCAGUGGAGAAUGUCAUAUCAAAAUAAUAGUAAUGAAAUAGAGAAUACUGAAGUGAUAUUAAAACCGUAAUGCGAACUCGAAACCAAUGGAGCUACGACAAAGGAAUGAAUACAUGAAUAAUGAGACUAGUGAACAGCUACCAGGGUCAAUGUCCCCUGUGCAUAUUGAAAUUUUAUUACGUAAUACUCGAUCUUAGGUUUGUCAUCGAUAUUAGUUUUGGCAGUGUUGUUUUUAUUGCUGUAAGACAAUUGUGUAAAACAGUUCAUCAACUUUUUUUCAACGUCAUUUGUAAUUUGA